UGGCACUUUUUUCAAGUUAGGAGCCUGGCUAGUUUGAACAAGUUAAAGUGGUAAGUAAGCAGGAAGGGUGCCUAUCAGCAUUGGCAUGCAAGUAAUGAGAAGUAAUGUGUUAAGAAGAUGUCGGGCAUCAGGAAGUUACAGGCAUUCAUUUCCACAAGACCACUCGAUCCGGUCCAAGGUGGACGCCUUUAAGAGCACUUCCAAUUCAAGGUAAAACACAGACAAGGUUAGAACCAAGAUUUUGGACUGAUCUUUGAGACUCUGAAGCUACUUUCCUGAUUCUUCCUUACAUCACACCUGUGUCUAUCCUCGCUGGAAAAAGACUAAAGAAAUAACAUUUCAACAGAGCAAGAGCAUUUAAGAGGUGUCUAUGACAGACACUUUUAAAAAAUGUAUCUUUCUGCCUGCAAAGCAGAUGAAAUCUUCAAGUCUAGUGAUCAAGUGGAUUUAAGUGAGCUAAUCUUCCACGUGUAGAAAGCUCCUGCAUACACAGCUGAUACGCCACCUACUGCAAAACCGAGCUGACAGCGCAGGCGAUGCUGCCAGCAUUUCCAUUCCAUCACCAGGCUGGGGCUGAAUAAAGGCGUGUUUGUGUUUCUUUUUUAAAAUCUCAACGCCGAGAACAAGAAGCCGAAAUAGCAUUUUCAAAAAUGGAGCGUAAAAUAAACAGAAGAGAAAAAGAAAAGGAGUAUGAAGGGAAACACAACAGCCUGGAAGAUGCUGACCAGGGAAAGAACUGCAAAUCCACCCUGAUGACCCUCAAUGUUGGUGGAUACUUAUACAUUACUCAGAAACAAACACUGACCAAGUACCCAGACACUCUCCUUGAAGGUAUAGUAAAUGGAAAAAUUCUCUGCCCGUUUGAUGCCGAUGGUCAUUAUUUCAUAGACAGGGAUGGGCUCCUCUUCAGGCAUGUUCUAAACUUCCUACGAAAUGGAGAACUUCUACUGCCUGAAGGGUUUCGAGAAAAUCAACUUCUUGCACAAGAAGCAGAAUUCUUUCAGCUCAAGGGACUGGCGGAGGAAGUGAAGUCCAGGUGGGAAAAAGAACAGCUAACACCCAGGGAGACUACUUUCUUGGAAAUAACAGAUAACCAUGAUCGCUCACAAGGACUGAGAAUCUUCUGUAAUGCUCCUGAUUUCAUAUCAAAAAUAAAAUCUCGCAUUGUUCUGGUGUCCAAAAGCAGGCUGGAUGGCUUUCCAGAGGAGUUUUCAAUAUCGUCAAAUAUCAUUCAGUUUAAAUACUUCAUAAAGUCUGAAAAUGGCACUCGACUUGUACUGAAGGAAGACAACACCUUUGUCUGCACCUUGGAAACUCUUAAGUUUGAGGCCAUAAUGAUGGCCUUAAAGUGUGGUUUUAGACUGCUGACCAGCCUGGAUUGCUCCAAAGGGUCAAUUGUUCACAGCGAUGCACUUCAUUUUAUCAAGUAAUCACCUGUGUCGUGAACAAAGGCAACAAGCAUGCAGCCAGCAAGCUUCGGAAAGCCACAGCAUCAGAGGCAUCCCAAAUAACGUGCCAGCCAGCUCUGUACUCAGAGCCCUGCUGCUCAUCAGUUACUGUGAGCUAACGGUAUGUAAAUUCUAUCGCUAAAGAUGUCCUGCUCUAGGGUGUUCCUGCUGCUCAGACUCGUACACUUAAAGUGAAAACAGUGAUCUUCUACAUAUUGUAAAUAAAGACGGAAUGCUUUUGCUAUCUUUUGCUAUUUAUUUUUCUUUAAGCUGUCCUUCAACCAGAAUGUCUUAGGUACUUGCACAAUGAACAAGCAUGUAUAUUAUCUACCGUUCUUUCAAGUAAAUGGUAAUAAAAAUAUUUUAAGGGACUAUAAGAUUUUAAAUCCUUUCUACUUACAGCAAAAAUCUACAAAGAAACUGAACUGGUAAAUUUAACCAUUGACAGCAAGACAGAUGUGCAGAUCUACUAAAACAGAGCUGUGAUGAAACAAAAUGAGACUGUAAGAAUUUUAUGGAUUUAAUUUUUAAUGAGGCACCAAAAGCUUGUUCAUAGCUUCUGUAUUUCACACUACAAUUACAGCUGAAUUGAUAUAUUGCUGAAAAUUCCUAGAAAACUGCUUGAUGACAAUAAAAAAAUGAAAGCA